GCUGGCCUCACGAGAGUCAGCCCAAGACCGGGUCCCUGCGAGGUCCUCAUUCCCGCCGCUCCGUGCCCUCCGGGCCGGCGCCCUUUGCUCUGUGCCUGCCACGGUCGUUAGAGCAUUCUUCGGAACGCCGGCCAGUUGUCCAGGCCCUGGGGGCUGGCCUCCCACCCCCGACUUCUGUCCUCCCCCCUUCUCUGUUUGUUGCCCCGCCCCAAGCGAGAGAGACUUUGAACAGAAUGUCCUCCCUCACCCGUAUUGCCAUUGUCUCUGAAGACCGGUGCAAGCCCAAGAAGUGUCGCCAGGAGUGCAAGCGCACCUGCCCGGUCGUCCGCAUGGGCAAGCUUUGCAUUGAUGUCGAGCCCACCUCCAAGAUCGCCCUCAUCUCUGAGGACCUUUGCAUCGGCUGCAACAUUUGCACCAAGAAAUGCCCGUUCGAGGCCAUCUCCAUUAUCAACCUGCCGACCAAUCUCGAGAAGCAGACCACCCACCGCUACCAUGCCAACAGUUUCAAGCUCCAUCGUCUCCCCGUUCCUCGCCCUGGUCAGGUCCUCGGUCUCGUUGGUACCAACGGUAUCGGCAAGUCCACUGCCCUGCAGAUUCUGGCCGGCAAGCUGAAGCCCAACCUCGGCAACUUCUCCAACCCCCCCGACUGGGCCAUGAUCCUGAAGUAUUUCCGCGGCUCCGAGCUGCAGUCUUACUUCACGCGCAUCCUCGAGGAGGAUAUCCGUGCCCUGAUCAAGCCCCAGUAUGUGGAUAUGCUGCCGCGCUCGGUCAAGGGUCGCGUUGGCGAUCUGCUCAAGGGUCGCUGCACUCUGGACAACUUCGAUUCGAUUGUCAAGAGCCUCCAGCUUGAGAACGUUCUUGAUCGUGGUAUCCAGCUUCUGUCUGGUGGUGAGCUCCAGCGCUUCGCCAUUGGUAUGGUCGUCGUGCAGAAGGCCAACAUCUACAUGUUCGAUGAGCCGACCUCCUUCCUGGAUGUCAAGCAGCGUCUCGAGGCUGCUCGUGUCAUUCGUGGUGUCGUUGCUUCUGACCGCUACGUCAUCGUUGUCGAGCACGAUCUUUCCGUCCUUGACUACCUGUCGGACUACGUCUGCGUCCUCUACGGUUCGCCCGGUGCUUACGGUGUUGUCACCAUGCCGUACUCCGUGCGCGAGGGUAUCAACAUCUUCCUUGAUGGUAUGAUUCCUACGGAGAACCUGCGCUUCCGCGAGGACUCCCUGUCCUUCCGCAUGCUUGAGUCUGCCGAUGAGGAGUUCGUCGUCAAGCGCCACAGCCAGUUCAAGUACCCGGCCAUGACCAAGACCCAGGGUGCUUUCCACCUGACCGUCGAGGCGGGCGACUUCUCCGACUCGGAGAUCAUCGUCAUGCUCGGUGAGAACGGUACCGGUAAGACCACCUUCAUCCGCAUGCUUGCCGGUCAGAUCAAGCCCGACCUGGAGGAUGUCGACAUCCCCUCCCUCAAUGUGUCCUACAAGCCGCAGAAGAUUUCCCCCAAGUUCACGGAUUCCGUGCGCUCGCUCUUCCUCAGCAAGAUCCCCACUUCCUUCAACCACCCGCAGUUCCAGGCGGAUGUCCUGCGCCCGAUGCAGAUCGAGCGCCUCCUGGACCUCAAGGUUCCCGAGCUGUCUGGUGGUGAGCUCCAGCGUGUGGCCCUUGUCCUGUGUCUCGGUAAGCCCGCCGACAUUUACCUCAUUGAUGAGCCUUCUGCCUAUCUGGAUUCCGAGCAGCGUAUUAUCGCCUCCAAGGUCAUCAAGCGCUUCAUCCUCCACUCGAAGAAGACCGCCUUCAUCGUCGAGCACGACUUCAUCAUGGGUACCUACCUGGCCGACCGCGUCAUUGUCUACGAGGGUACCCCCUCGCUCAAGGCCACCGCCCUGGCCCCGGUUAGCCUUGCGUCCGGCAUGAACACCUUCCUCCGGUCCCUGGAUAUCACUUUCCGUCGCGACCCCACCAACUUCCGUCCGCGCAUCAACAAGCAGAACUCCAUCAAGGACCGUGAGCAGAAGCAGGCUGGUAACUUCUUCUUCCUGGAGACCCUCGCCGAGUAAGGAAAUCCACUUCCAUUUGUGCCUUAUCGUCCCCCUGCGGGAAGAAGAGAGGAGGAACAGAGGAGAGGGGCGAGCAGCAUGUGUUUUUUUACACUCCCCCCCCCUUGGUCUGUGCCCUCUCUCCCUUUCUCUCUUGUGCUCCUUUGAUCUCUCCCCCUCCCAUCUCCCGGUGCCCUUGUGGCAUGGCGGUGUGGGCGAGAGAAAAAGAAAGAGGCUGAGGCCGAUCGUGCGCCCCGUUUUUCACCGUCGGGUCCUCCCAUCUUGCACGGGGACUUUCACCCUUGCACUAUCCAUUUCUCCCUCCUCCCCCUCGCCCUUUUCCCUUUCGCCUCUCCUCCCUGUCUCUUCGUGAGUUGCUUGGGAGAUCCGGCGAGGGGGCGGGCGGGGAGGGGGGGGGAGGUGGGGGAGAAGGGAAAGGGGGCGGCGCCCGCGUUCUUCUCUCUCUCUCUCUCUCUCU